GAUGAGAAAAGUAGCGCGUGCUAAUAGGAACCAUGAUUUUUAUGGUUUUAAUAGUGUUGUGUUUUGUGUUUGCAAUAUGGUCGUGGGUGAAACCACGGAGUGCGACGUUACCCCCUUUGUAUCCUGGUUGUCUACCUCUCAUAGGACAUGCGUAUAAAGUUAUCGGAGACUCGAAACACAUGUGGGAGUUUGAAAAAAAAGUGUACGAUUUCGUUGCAAAAAACAAGCAGAUUAUAGAAUUCCGUUUUGGAACUCAUCCGUUAUUUGUAAUAACAGAUCCGGACGACGGCCUGAUAGUAGCAAACCACUGUUUAGAGAAACCAUUCUUUUAUGGCUUUUUUGAAGAGAUAUAUGACAGGGGCCUUGUUACAGCAAGAGCAAACUGGAAAUCUCACCGCAAGCUACUGAACCCAGCGUUCAACCUGCAAGUGCUGCAGUCAUUUGUCGGCGCAUUCUGUAAAGAGGCAAAACUACUCGUUUCUGCUCUCUCCUCGGAGGCAGGGAAGGGCCCUUUUAAUAUUCAGCCAUACCUGAUCACCAAUUUCUUAGGAACUGCGUGCCGAACCACAUUUGGACCCAACUUCGAUGAGAUAAGUGAGGCUCUAGAAAACUAUGCUCACGCAACAGAUGAAAUAUUUCUGCUUUUCAUACAAAGAGUACAAAAUGUCUGGUUACAUUUAACGUACAUCUAUAAAUGGACAUCGGCAAGCAAACGAUUUGGUGAGCUUGGCAACAUCGUGAAAGGGAUAACUAGCUCGGUAAUCACAAAUCGCAAAACGGAAUUAAAAUCAAUGAAGGAUUUAGACAAAGAUGAGAAUGAAGAUCCUGAUACAGAUAACUUUGUGCCUCUGUUGGAUCGAAUGCUGGACUUGGCUGAUAAACAAGAUGCCUUCGAUGAUGAUGAGAUGAGGGAACAUUUGGAUACCAUAGUAGCAGCUGCUUACGAUACAAGUGCUACAGCUUUGACAUUCAUUUUGGUACUGAUUGGAUCGCAUCCUGAUGUACAGGAACGAAUGGUUCAAGAGAUUAAAGAAGUAUUUGAUGAUCCAGAAAGAGAUGUGACCAGACACGAUCUACCAAAGCUCGUGUAUAUGGAAGCAGUGAUAAAGGAGGCUUUGAGGUUAUAUCCCCCAGUACCAAGAAUCGCUAGGACUUCUUCUACAGACGUCAAACUAAAGAAAUAUACCCUGCCAGCUAACUGUACGUACUUGAUAUCAGUUUACGGUCUUCAUCGUCAUCCUGUCUGGGGGCCGGAUAAGGACCAGUUCAUACCGGAGCGGUGGCUGGACCCGGCGCGGUUGCCUAAGAACCCUUUCUUUUUCGCUGGCUUCAGCUUGGGGAAACGGAAUUGUAUAGGUCGAUUAUAUGGCAUAAUGGCGCUGAAAACGACUCUAGUGUAUAUCUUACGAAAAUAUCGUGUGCACGGUGAUGUUAACAAGUUAGAGACAAAAUGUGACCUGCUCAUGAAACCUGAGUCUGGGCAUGACAUGAGUAUAGAAUUAAGAGUAUGAUAACGAAAAUUAUUAUACUUCAUUAAGAGUACCCGCAAAUAAAUUGCCAACUAAUCAGUCGGCCGAGUCCUGGCCCAAUAUUUAAUAUAUUUUUUUUUUAAGUCGUGAAUUAAGGCAAAGUUUUUAGUCAGUCUAAAGGUCUUGACUGAAUUCUGCAGUCGUCUUAAUUAUUCAGUCACUAAAUGCAGACAAAUGCAAUCGCAUUUAGGAAUAUAGGUUUCAUGAAAUCAUUUAGAAACCUAAUUAGACGACUGAAUUCAGUCAAGUUAAAUGAGCCCUAAAUACUUGAUCGUCAUUAUGUGCGUACUACCAUUCGUUUCCGUACUGAUUUUUGAACCCGAACAAACUGUCGGCCAACAGUGUGGGUGAAGAAGUGUGGGUAUUCUUAGGUACCAAUAUGAUUAGCGUUGAUUCUUAGUACAAUUUUAUGUAAUUGCCAGCAAGCAGAAAUAUUCUUUAUCUAUAUUAUUAUAUUAGUUUAAGAUAAUAUGAUAAGUAACUUAUUGUUGAAAAACCUUUGUAUGCCAAAAGGCAGAAUGUACCUAAACUUAAGACAUAAAAACUUAUAAACUUAUGUAUGCAAGACAUUCAAUGAAAAUAAAACUAUUCUCUUUUCUAAA